AAAGCCAAGCCUGUUUGCCAUACAACGAUCCCUCCUGCUCCUCUGGGCUGUGCAGAGAGAGCCUCCAGCAGUGCACCGUGGUAGCAGGUGUAGCACGCCAGCACUGCUCCCAGGACCCCUCAGGGUGGCGAGGGAGGGAAGGUGUGUAGCCAAAGGCAGGAGUACUCCAGCCCUGCUCUUGCAACCUACCCCCUCCACAACGCUCAGGCCAGGGCAGGAGGCAGCCAUUUGGGGAAGGGGCCAUGCACCCAUCGCUACCAAUGGGUUUCUGGUCCUGACCUCCGUGAGGGCACGGGUGCUCGCCUGGAGCCAGGGUUGGAGGUGUCGCUGGUUAAUACUGUGCUCCACAUGCGCUGAAUGAAAGGGUGGCUCUGAGACCUUCCCAGCAUCCUGCAGCUUCUCCUUCUGCCCUGCAACUCAGUGCUGUCUCCUGUAAUCAGACCCGUGCCACAUGAUCGUGGUGGAAAGAGAAAUGAGGGUCAGUCUCCACCCGCCCCCUGCAUCUGGUCCUUUGUCCCUGCUGUUCUCCCUGCUCCCUGGGCUCUUGCAGGGUGGAGCAUCCCCAUUGCUGACACAAGGUCAGAGGUGACCACGUAGUGCUUUAGUGGGGGCCUCUGGGGAAGUCCCUGGUCCCAGAGCCGAGAGCGGUGUGACCGGAGCGGCCCCACUCCACUCCUUGUCCUGAAAUGCAGAGGGAGGGUGGGGGCUGCCAUGGCCAGCAUCCUUCUCAGCCUUCUGACCGGGUCACCAAGCUUGCCAAGACCUGAUGGUUGCCUGUUGCAGCCUGGUGUGGAGCAGGGAAGGGGCUGAGACCCCCCACAUCAGGGAGCCUCUCCACUAUGGGGCUGCAGCCCAAGCCUCUUCUGGCUGGACUUGGGGCAUAAGCGCGUGGGGAGACACCUGAGCCAUCAGGACUGGGACUGAAAGGCCCUUCCCCAGCCAGGGGCCAGAGCCCUCGGCAGAGAGGCACAGCUGGAAGGGCUGUGGCUGUGUGGACUUUCAAGGCCCACCUGCCCUCUGGACCCAUCUGGCUGUCGGUGUCUCACUGCCUUUCUCUCCUCUCUCCCCAGUGAGAUGCUUGCAUGGGCCAGUGCCCAGAUUCACUGCCAGUUCCAUGCCAGCGAGAACCGGGUGGCGCUGCCUCCCUCGGACGACAGCAAGCAUGAUGUGCAGGCCGAGAACGAGACCGUCUUCGUCCCCAACAGAGGAGAGAGAGGCCAGUGCAUCCUGUCCACGCCCCCCAAGAUCCUCUUCUGUGACCUGCGGCUGGAUCCUGGAGAAUCAAAGUCCUACUCCUACUGCGAGGUGCUGCCAGUGGAUGGGCCGCCUUCCUUCCGGGGGCAGUCGGUGAAGUACGCGUACAAGCUGACGGUCGGCUGCCAGCGCGUCAACUCCCCCAUCAAGCUGCUGCGUGUGCCCUUCCGGGUCCUGGUGCUGCACGGGCUCAAGGAUUACCAGUUCCCCCAGGAUGAAGCUGUCGCCCCCUCGAACCCAUUCUUGGAGGAGGAGGAGGGGAUGAAGAAGGACCCUCGGCUGGCAGACCUGGCCACAGAGCUGCUGAUGGCAGCCACCUCUCGGCGUAGCCUGCACCUGUAUAGCAUCAGCAACACCCGUGGGAAGGUGGGGAAGUUCUGCAUCUUCAAGACAGUCUAUAAGAUCGGGGAAGAUGUCAUUGGGACGUUCAACUUCUCGGAAGGGGACAUCCCCUGUCUGCAGUACUCGGUGAGUCUGCAGACAGAGGAGAGCAUCCAGGAGGAGUUCCAGCGCCGGCGCGGGCAGCCUGUCUCCUUCGGCACUCACGCCCGCCACCAGGAGUCCUGCCUGCACACGUCGCGCAGCAGCUUCAGCCUGCCCAUCCCGCUGGGCUCCACGCCAGGGUUCAGCACCAACAUCGUGUCUCUGAAGUGGAGGCUGCACUUUGAGUUUGUGACAUCGCGGGAGCCGGUGGAGACUCACCUGGUGCGUGAGAACCAGUCGGAGACGGUCACCUGGAGCGGCGUGGAGCAGAUCGACGUGGACACCUUCAGCUGGGACCUGCCCAUCAAGGUUCUGCCCACUAACCCUGUCCUGGCCUCCUAUGUGUCCCCCUUCUCCAGCACCAACUCCACCACCAUCUGACGAGAGGCUU